AUGGAUGAUAUAGAUACAUUUCUAUUAAAAUUUAAAGGAUUUUAUUUUGGACGUGAGGCACUUAAUGUUGAUUUUUUAGAAAAUUUGGAUGAUUUUGAAAUCAGAGAUGAUGAUGUUUUCAUAAUUACGUAUCCCAAAUCUGGAACCAUCUGGUCUCAACAGUUGUUAAGCUUGAUUUAUUUUGAAGAACACUGCAAAAGAACAGAAAAUCUGGAAACAAUUGAUCGAGCUCCCUUUCUUGAGUACAAUUUUCGAAAAAUGAAUUUUGAUGAAAGACCAUCACCUCGUCUAUUCUCUUCCCACCUCCCCUACUACUUGGUUCCUAGAGGGUUGAAGAACAAAAAAGUCAAAAUUAUUUAUGUAUACAGAAACCCCAAGGAUGUUAUGUGCUCCUAUUUUCAUUUUUCAAAUAUGUUGUCAACUUUGAAACCUACAAGCACAUUUGAGGAAUUCAUGACACUAUUUCUAGAAGGAAAAGUGUUAGGAAGUCUUUGGUUUGAUCAUAUCAAAGGCUGGUAUGAGCACAAGAAUUACUUUAAUAUUCAGUUCAUGAUGUAUGAGGAAAUGAAGAAGGAUCUCAAAACUUCUGUUAAAAAAAUCUGCAAAUUUUUGGGGAAAGAACUGAGUGAAGAAGUCAUGGACAGUGUUGUGAGACAGGCCACAUUCCAGAACAUGAAGUAUGACCCACUAGCAAAUUAUGAAAAUAUACUGAAUGACAAACCUGAGUUUAAAAGAACUGAAGGCCACUUCCUCCGCAAAGGCACUGUUGGAGACUGGAAAACCCACAUGACUGUGGAGCAGAAUGAAAAGUUUGACAAGAUUUUCCAAAAGAAGAUGAAAGAUUUUCCCUUGGAGUUCAUCUGGGAGAUAAAUGAAGAAUAGAAGUCUAAACUAGGACAAAAAAUAUUAUGAAAGCAAUUUCAGAGGAAUAUAUAUACCUUUACCCUUGAUUAUCAUUGCAUCAUUAUUGAAAAAUAUUAGUGACUAAUAAAUAUUAAUGUAAUUAUCUUUC